UUGACAGUUCGCCAUUUUUUGUGCUGUCCAGAAAUUCAUUGAUUGUUUUUCUGUGAGAAUUCCCAUAUAAUCAAAAUGCCUUCAACACUAGAUUUGUGCGAAGAAUACUACGGAACUCGUGAUUUGUACAAAUUACUGGAUAUCGAUAAGAAUACUCUCGAGAAAGAUGUUAAAAAGGCGUACUAUAAGUUGUCCCUGAAGGUGCAUCCGGAUCGCGUGGCAGAGAAUCAGAAAGCUGACGCCACAGAAAAGUUCAAAAUUCUUGGCAAAAUAUAUGCUGUGCUCUCGGAUCCGGACAAGAAGAAGCUUUACGAGGAGAAGGGAAUUAUAGACGAUGACGAGGAUGAGAGCAAAUUGGCCACUUGGAUUGAGAUGUGGAAGACCAUCUUCAAGCCCAUCACCGAUGAGGAUAUUGAGAACUACCAGAAGAGCUACGUGGGCUCGGAUCUGGAGAAGAGCGACAUAAAGAAGGCGUACAUGAACGGCAAUGGAUGCAUCAACUACUUGAUGAGCACCGUGCCCUUUAUGGCCGUCGAGGAUGAGCCGAGGAUAAUCGCGAUGGUGAAAGAGUGGAUCGACGCUGGAGAGGUGCCGGAAUAUGAGAUCUUCACGAAGGAGCCCAAGGCGAAGCGCAACAGACGCCACAAGAAGUACGCUCGGGAGAAUCUGGAGGCGGAGGAGAUCAAAGCUAAGCUGGCUAAGGAAGGGAAUUCGCUUGAGAAGCAAAUAAUGCGGCGCCAGAAUGAGCGAGCUCAGCAGUACGACGACUUAUUUGCCAAGUACUUCGUCGAGGAGAAGCCUAAGAAGAAAAGGGCAUCGAAACAGGCAUCAAAAGCAGCCCCCGAAGAACCCCUCCGGAAAGUGAAGUCUGGCAGGGUGUCCAAAGCAAAGAAGUAGAAUUAUUCCUCAGUGGGCGAAUCUACGCUCUUUUCCAUCAUUUCUCAUUACUCAAUAAGAACUCAGAUUU